GUUUGGAAACGACGUUGUUAUGAUAAGCAACGUCUGUGCAUUUUAUUAGUCAGCCGGCACAGUGGGGACUGAAAGCAGUUAAAUACACUAAAAUGAUACGUGAGCUUCCAGAGGAAUUGGCUAAAAUAGCUAAAGACGAGUUGAACGAGAAUCCAGAACGUGUAAGUGAAGAUUUAAAGUAUGUCAAAGACUGGAUUGAACAACAACCGCAUUUGAGGGCUAGAAAAGAUGACCAAUGGCUUGUGGCAAUACUCAGAGGAUGCAAAUAUAAUUUUGAGAAAGUGAAAAAGAAAUUGGAUUUGUAUUACACGUUGAGGACAACAGCCCCAGACGUAACGUUAAGACACAGACCUUUGGGACCGGAUUUCUUAAAUUUCUUUCGACUGGGCACCUGUCUGUUACUACCCAAGCCAAAGGACCAGAUAUAUCCACGAGUCAUUCUUAUCAGAGCGGGAGUCUAUAAUCCUGAGACGAAUAAUGUGAUCGAUAUAAUGUGUAUAUUAUAUUAUGUAGUUCAGAUAGCAAUAAUAGAAGAUGAUGUAGCAUCCGUACUUGGAACAAAAAUCAUGGUUGAUUAUAAAGGUGUGACCCUGAGUCAUUUUGUACAGGCCACUCCAAGUGUUCUGAAGAAAAUUGUUGCAGUGUGUCAGGAGUCUAUGCCUCUGCGAUUGAAAGGUAGUCAUCACGUGAAUAUACCAACAGGCGUAGAUAAAAUCUUCUCACUAAUAUCGGUGUUCUUGAACGAGAAAGCUAAGAAAAGGUUGAGGAUCUACAAAGGCUGUCAAGAUUUGAUCAAUGAUCUGCCUAAAGAUAUAGUUCCAACAGAAUAUGGCGGUGACGGUGGUAGUAUUGCGGAACUCAUAGAGAACAAUAUAUCAAAAUUUAACGAGUUUCGAGAGUGGAUGAAGCAAGAGGAAACUUUCGGCACAGACGAGUCGAAACGACUUGGUAAAGGCGUCAAAUCCAAAGCCCAGAAAUCGUUGGAUGGCUCCUUUAGAAAACUUGACAUAGACUGAAUGUUAUAUAUUAAAAAUAUGUUGAGUUUUUCUUAAUUUGAACAAAUAUAAGCAAACUGUCCGAUAACUUUGUACAUUCAUGCAAUAAAGGAUUGUUUUUUAUUUAUUUUGAAAAUACACAAUUCG